AUGAAAUGCAACGUCAUGAAUGGAGCAUUGCUACUCGCAACGUUAUGUAUUACUGUUGGAAUUUUAACGCAUGAAGUACAUGGAGGUGUUUUGACAAGUAUAAAACCAAAAUCGUGUUUGGAAAUUCGAUAUUCAACAGAAAAUAAGACAGCAAUAAACGGUUUCUACGCAAUUCAUACCGAUGCAACUAAAGUUCAACCAGUGUAUUGCGAUUUUCAAUCGGACCCACCCUUUGUCUGGACGCUAGUUGAAUCAUUUACGCGCACUAGAGGUGUUUAUACGUCCAAGAUACCUGGAUCAAUCAGCUUUCAUAAGCCAUAUUACUACAAUUAUCCGUAUAAUGACUGUUCUCCUCAAUUUAAAGCCUAUCGAUUGAACCGUCCUACUAUGAUGUCAAUUUAUAAAGCCCCGCGAACUACCCAUUGGAGAGCGACUUGCAAUUUCGAUAAAAUCAAGAAAUAUCCUAUGAGUCAUAAGGAUUAUAUACGAAAUUCCAUAUGCCGAUAUGAUAUUCUAAAUAUUUACAGUGCUCAACCAGGUUGUUAUUUUGUAGAUUACCUCAACGUCCGUGGGCACACUUGCAGAAAUUGCCAAGUACCAAUCUACGUUGCACCAAGUUAUCAUGUGAACUUUAUGUCUUCACGCAGUUAUUAUUACUGUCAGAAGUGGAAAUUUCCAUCAGAAUUCACAUUUAACCCUCCGGAGAGUAAUUUUGGCUAUUAUUAUAGAUACAGUGUUGAACACGAGUGUACAUCAAGUAAGGAUGCAACGACUAACUAUUGGUUCGGCGGUAUUUAUCAGCCUAGCAACAAAUUAAUCAAUUAUUCUCUUCUUUAA